AAAAUAAUGGAAAUGCCAAGCAUGUACAAACAAUUUUUAUUUAUUUCCAUCUUCAUGGUGUGUUUUGUUCAUGCUCGGUAUUUGGAUAUACCCGGAGGACUUGAUUCAAUGGACGGCACGAUUGAUGAUAUGUCAGAAACAUUUCGAGAUACACCAGACAUAGAAACACUGGAUACUCCGGGUUUGGAACCAGUUGGGGGUUCAGAUGGUGUUUAUGAAGAUGUAAUUGAAGAUAUAGGUGACAAGUUUGGUGAAAUGACCGAAACAUUUAAUGAUAUGGGCGAUACAGAUGGUGUCGACGAAGAUGUAAUUGAAGAUAUAGGUGACAAGGUUGGUGAAAUGACCGAAACGUUUAGUGACAUGGGCGAUACGGGUGGUGUUGACGAAGAUGUAUUUGAUGAUGUGGCAAAUCUAGUUAGUAAUUUUGAAGAAAGGCUUCGUGAAUUGAUCGAUGAGUUUAGUGAUGUUGGGGAUGCCGAUAUAGUUAGUGAUGGUUUUGACGAAGAUGUUCUUGAAAAUAUGAGCGAUGUUGUUAGUGAUUUUGAAGAAAAACUUCAUGAAAUGACCGCUACAUUUACUGAUAUGGUAGAUGCAGAUGGUGUUGACGACGAUGAGGUUGAAUACAUGACCAGUAUAGUUAGUAAAUUUGAAGAAAGGCUUCGUGAAGUGACCGAUACUUUAAGUAAUAUGGGUAAUGCAGAUGGUUUUGACGAAGAUGAGGAUGAAGAUAUGACCAGUCUAAUUAGUAAAUUUGAAGAAAAGCUUCGUGAGAUGGCUGAUGCCGAUGAUGUUGACGACGAUGGGUUUGAAGAUAUGGCCAGUAUGGUUAGUAAAUUUGAAGAAAGGCUUCGUGAGAUGACCGAUGCAGAUGAUGUUGACGACAAUGGGUUUGAAGAUAUCUUUAGCAAUUUUCAAGAAAAUCUUCGUGAAGUGACCGAUGUAGGAAAUACAGAUAAUAUUGAUGAAGAUGUAUUUGAAAAUGUGAUCGGUAAAUUUGAAGACAGGCUUAGUGAAAUGACCGAUACUUUUAAUAAUAUGGGGGAUUCAGAUGACGAUGGGUUUGAAAAUAUGAUCAGCAUGGUUAGUGAUAUGGGGAAUGAAGUUACAGAAAUGUUUAAUGAUCUACGGGAUAGAGAUGAUGUUCAAGAUGAUGUUCAAGAUGAGAUGAAUGAUAUAGUAAGUAAAUUUGAAGAGAGACUUCGUGAAAUGACCGGUACAGAAGAGGAUACAGAUGAUGUUGACGACGAUGGGUUUGAAGAUUUGAUCGAUACGGUAAGCGAAAUCACCGGUACAGUAGGGGAUACGGAUGAUGUUGACGACGAUGGGUUUGAAGAUGUGAUCGACAUGGUUAGUGAUAUGGAAGAUAGAGUGAUCGACAUGUUUAAUGGUGUUGGGGAUGGAGAUGAUGCACAAGAAGACAUGAGUGAUAUAGUUAGUAAAUUUGAAGAUAGACUUCGUGAAAUGACCGGUACCGAAAGGGAUACCGAUGAUGUUGACGAAGAUGGGUUUGAAGAUGUGAUCGGCAUGGCUAGUGAUAUGGAAGAUAGAGUGAUCAACAUGCUUAAUGGUCUAGGAGAUGGAGAUGAUGCUCAAGAAGACAUGAGUGACAUUGUUAGUAAAUUUGAAGAAAGACUUCGUGAAAUGACCGGUGCAGAAGGGGCUACAGAUGAUGUUGACGAAGAUGGGUUUGAAGAUGUGAUCGAUAUGGUUAGUGAUAUGGAAGAUAGAGUGAUCAACAUGUUUAAUGAUGUAGGGGAUGGAGACGAUGCUCAAGAGGAAAUGAGUGAAAUAGUUAGUAAAUUUGAAGAUAAGCUUCAUGAAAUGGCUGACACGUUUCAUGAUUUUGGGGAUAGAGAUGAUGACCUCGAAAAUAUAAAUCAUAUAGUUAGUGAUUUUGAAGAAGGACUUCGUGAAAUGACCCAAACAGAUAGAGAUACAGUUGACGUUGACGACGAUGGGCUUGAUAAUAUGAUCGGUAUGGUUAGAGAUACAGAAGAAAUAGGUACUGUUGACGACGAUGGGUUUGGUAUGGUCGAUAUGGUUAGUGAUAUUAAAGAUACAAAUGAUGUAUUUGAAGAUGUCAUCGAUACAUUUAAUAAUAUGUACACUGUUGAUAAUACGAUAGAUAUAUCUGAUAUACUAGAAAUGUCAUAG